AUGGAAGCACGAUCUGACUACUACACCAACUUUAUACAGGCAAACUGCAGCGACUCGCGCAAGCUCUUCUGGUCUGCAAAAACGCUCUCUGACCAGGAGGUGGACCUGAAUUUUACGGGUUACCACGACGACACAAAAUUAGCUAACGAUAUCGGCAAGUUUUUCGUACAGAAAAUUGAGCGCAUUCGAACCAAGUUCGACACAGCUGCUACUACAGACUCUAGUCCAUUGUUUGAGCCACCACAUUCAAACUCAGCUCAGCUAGUCUCCUUCAAAAUCCUGAGUCAGAGGGACGUUAAGAGUUUAAUUGGGAAAUCGAGCAAGAAGACCUGUCACCUUGACCCUAUGCCUACUCCCCUGGUAAUUGAGUGUCUUGACGCCCCCCUACCAGUGAUCUUUAGGAUGAUUAACCUUUCUCUCCAAUGCGGAACCUUCCCCGAUGACUGGAAGCUUGCUGAUGUUAAACCGAGAUUGAAGAAGACUGGCGCCCAGGCAUUGUUUUCCAAUCUGCGACCCAUAAGCAAUCUAUCAUUUGCUUCAAAACUUACCGAGCGAGCUGUGUUUGCCCAAACACAUGAUUACCUCAUUACAAACAAGCUCUACCCUAAAGCACAAUCUGCGUACUGUGAAUUCCACAGUACAGAAACUGCUCUGCUACGAGUGAAAAAUGACAUCUUACUUAACAUGAACCAACAACUUGUCACUUUGCUCAUACUUCUCUACCUCAGUGCGGCUUUUGAUACUGUGGACCACACAAUUCUGCUCAAUCGCCAUUACGGGGCAUGUGUACUACUGGGUUCCUGUCUUGGCCCUCUACUGUUCGUCCUAUACUCAAGCAAACUGUUUAAGAUCAUCGAACGUCACCUACCAGAUGUGCACACCUACGCCGACGAAACGCAAUUGUAUAUAUCCUUCAAUGCCGAUUCUAGAGCUGAGCAGUCGGCCGCUUUAUCGGCUAUGCAAAACUGCACUGCGGACAUUAGAAAAUGGAUGCUUCAAGACAGACUAAGGCUAAACGACGAUAAAACGGAAUUCAUUAUCAUCGGAAAAAGACAACAACUCGCCAAAGUCAACAUAGACUCCAUGCAGGAGGCAGUAGCGGAUCAGAAGCGCAUUCGCUGCGAGACCACCAGGAGGCAACAGCUGAUAAACCGCUCAGGAACGGUUUAA